AUGCCCGCCCUCGAUAAUACAUCAACGCCCGUGCCCGGCAUUCAGUACGUGGGCACAAAGCAGGUGUUCCAGCACCUUGGCGCAGUUCCCAAGAGCGUCGACUGCGUAGUCGUGGGCGGUGUCACGGCCGAUGAUUUCUGUGCACUUGAGGCCGCGCGCGACCGUCGCGGCCGCCGGAUCCGGUUCUUUUUCCAACCAGAGUAUUCUUGUCUCGUCAUCACCAUUCCUACAGGCUACCAUGAACUGGGCCACGGUGUUUUGUACGAGAAAGUGCUUUUUGGUCUUAGGGAUAUGGGCGUCGAUAACCAGUGGGAAUCCACGCUCAGCAAACGAUUUGACGGACAGGGCGGCUCAUCUGGAGAAGGCGAUUCCUCCGGGGGCCCUUGGCCAAGAGCCAGUUUACAUAAUGGUAAAACUUGGCCAACACUAGUCGUUGAGGCGGGUGCAAGCCAGAGCCUGUCGUCACUGAGAGUCAAAGGUCAGUGGUGGUUUCAUGCAAGCGACUUUCAUAUGAAAAUCGUCCUUCUCGUGAAAAUCCACCAGCACGACCUCAGCAUCCACAUAGAACAAUGGACAGCAAGUCUUUCUACUUCAGCAUCGGGCCCAAGACGCAGUGGCGCCACAAACACGCGGGCCGGUGGUGCUGCUGGCUCUACGACACGCCAACCCGAGAUCAAGCAGCAGGUGUCCAUCACCUGGGCGGGACAUUUGCCAUUCACGUCCUCCCCGCCCCAUCAAUACACCGAGGCUGACUUUCUUGUCGUGGGCGCUCCUUUGGUUCUUCGAUUCCAAGACCUCAUGGAUCGUCCGCCUGUGCCCUCAGCCGGUGAUCAUGAUGUCGUGAUUUCGGAGCACGAUCUUCAAAACGUCGCCGUUCGUGUAUGGAGACAGAGGGAGUGA